UUCCCGCCAAAACCAAAACCAGAUCUCACCUCAUUUCCAUUUCCUCGAAGCCCUAAUCCCUCUCUCUCUCUCAACCCAAAACUGUCCGCCAUGAAAGUCCGUACGCUGAAGCUCAGGGAAGCUCACAAGCCCGCCAGCAACGGCAGCCCCUCCUUCUGCUCGGUCCUGUGGGACCAGCAGGCACACCACCUCGUCACUGCGUCCUCCUCCGACUCUGCAAUCUCGAUCCACGACUCCCUGCUCCCUUCCCAGGCUCCGAAGAUUCUCCGCCACCACAGGGAUGGAGUCACCGCGCUCGCGAUCAGCCCUAACUCUACCUGCCUCGCCUCGGGAUCGGUUGACCACUCCGUCAAGCUCUACAAGUUUCCAAGUGGAGAAUUUGAAACCAACAUCACUAGAUUUACGCUACCGAUACGUGCGCUUGCAUUCAAUAAAUCAGGAACCAUGUUAGCUGCUGCUGGUGAUGAUGAGGGAAUUAAACUCAUCAACACCAUCGAUGGCUCCAUUGCUCGGGUUCUCAAAGGUCACAAAGGCUCUGUGAUCGGAUUGGCUUUCGAUCCUAAUGGUGAAUAUCUGGCAUCAGUGGACUCGAUGGGGACAGUCAUCUACUGGGAACUCCAGUUGGGAACAACACUGCAUAUGCUAAGAGGUGUAGCUCCGAACACAGGCACGGACUGUUCUGUUAUGAAUGUGCUCAGCUGGAGUCCUGAUGGGGAAAUGUUAGCGGUACCUGGUUUGAGAAAUGAUGUGGUUAUGUAUGAUAGAGACACAGCCGAGAAGCUAUUCUCUCUCAGAGGUGAUCACUUGCAACCAGUUUGUUUCCUGUCAUGGUCGCCUAAUGGGAAAUACAUGGCGACUUCUAGUCUGGACAGGCAGGUAUUGAUAUGGGAUGUUGAAAAGAAGCAGGACAUUGACAGGCAAAAAUUUGAUGAGAGCAUAUGCUCCAUGGCGUGGAAGCCAAUCGGCAAUGCUUUGGGAGUUAUCGAUGCCAUGGGCAAGUACGGCAUCUGGGAAUCUGUUAUUCCUUCAUCAAUGAAAUCACCCACUGAAGGUAUUUCGAAUUCUCAGUCAAAGAAUAGCAAUGGACUUGUUUUCUUUGAGGAAGAGGAGAAAGAGGAAGAGCCCGGUCCAUCAGGUAGUUUGAGUGAUGUUGGUGAAGAUAGUUUUGGUGAAUCUCCUCCUAGCAGGAAGAGGUUACGUAAACAGUCUGUCACAGAGGAGUUUUGGGAGGAUGACGAUGCUUUUGAGGAGAUAAGCUUGCCUUCUAAGCUGAAAGCCCAAAAAACAGCAGCGACAAAGCACAAAGAAGGACCAGACAAGGUGAAGGAGUGUGUGAGAAACGUAACAUCUUUAGAAAGGCCAAAAAUGCAGGAUGCUUUUCAGCCCGGGUCUACUCCUGCACAGCCUGGGAAGAGACGCUUUCUGUGCUACAAUAUGGUAGGAAGCAUAACCACAAUUGAACAUGAGGGAUACUCCCAUAUAGAGGUUGAUUUUCACGACACCGGUAGAGGUCCACGAGUUCCGUCCAUGACUGAUCAUUUUGGGUUUACAAUGGCAUCGCUAAAUGAGAAUGGCAGUGUAUUUGCAAAUCCAUGUAAGGGAGAGAAGAGCUUAAGCACUCUGAUGUAUCGGCCCUUUUGUACUUGGGCAAAUAAUAGUGAGUGGUCAAUGAGAUUUGAAGGAGAAGAAGUGAAGGCUGUGGCACUUGGGACUGGUUGGGUAGCUGCAAUUACUAGUCUUCAUUUUCUCCGCAUAUUUACAGAGGGUGGUUUGCAGAGACAUGUUCUUUCCCUUGAUGGACCUGUUGUCACUGCCUCAGGCUUCAGGGAUCAGCUUGCGAUCGUUAGUCAUGCGUCUGACUGUCUUCCCUCUAAUGAUCAGGUGCUGGAGUACAGAGUUUUCAACAUAUCUAAUUCUACACAGCUCCUCAAGGGGCGAUUACCAUUAAGUCCUGGGUCACACUUAACAUGGCUUGGCUUCAGCGAAGAAGGCCUAUUGAGUUUCUAUGACUCUAAGGGUGUUUUGAGGGUGUUUACGAGUCAAUUUGGAGGCAGUUGGGUCCCCCUUUUCAGUUCUAACAAAGCUAAGAAAUCAGAUGAAAAUCACUGGGUGGUUGGACUGAACGCCGGCAAUUUCUUUUGCAUCACCUGCAAGAAACCCGACUUGUUUCCACAAGUGAUGCCAAAACCGAUCCUCUCCAUACUGGACUUCUCAUUUCCUCUCGCAUCCUCCGAUCUCGGAGCAGAUACUCUUGAAAAUGAAUUUAUGUUGAACAGCAUGCGCCUCUCCCAGAUUCUGGAACAGAUGGAAGAAAUGACACGGGCUGGUCUAGAUGCAUCAUCACUUGACGAUGAUGCUUACAGCAUAGAAACUGCUCAGGAUAAGUGCAUAUUAAGGCUUAUCGCAUCUUGUUGUAACAGUGAUAAGCUUGUGAGGGCUACGGAACUCGUGAAGCUUCUGUCGUUCGCCAACUCAGUUAGAGGUGCGAUCAAGCUAGUCACAGCGCUCAAGCUCCCGAACUUGGCAGAACGCUUCAAUACCAUAUUAGAGGAAAGGCUGCUCAAGGAGAAGGGGGAGAAAGAUGCCACUGUAACUGUGAAUGCAAAAACCGAUAAAUAUACCGCCAGGGAUGUCUUAGGCAGCAAGGCAUCUCCGGCACCUAUUAUUCCUUCAGCCUCACCUCAUCUGUCUGCUCCUCCACUCGUAAAGAAAGCGAAGCUGCAAGACGCUGCAGCUCCUGACAAGGAUAAUGGGGUGAAAGUGGACGCUGAAGAUGUGAACAAGUCCGGAGAGGUGAACAAUGAUAAGUUAGUAGAGGCAAAGAAGGCGGGAAAAGAUGCGGCCGAGGCAAAAUCAAAAACUCAUCGCCCAUUCAACCCCUUCUCGAAGACAAAAGACGAUCACGAGAAAGGGAAGAGCGUGGCAGGGGCGGAAAACCAGCCAUUGCAGCGACCGUCUAAUCCUUUCUUGAAGUCGAAAAUCAAGUGAAUGCUUGUAAUCAUCUUAAUCAAAAUGGCUUGUAAAUUACCAAGGCAGUCUCAUGCUUCAUCUUAUUAAGCGGUGUGUUGAAAGGGCGUGGAUGUAAUGUAAUGCGAACCAACUAAUCGGGCCCUGUAAUGGGCCCAUUCACUCACACAUUUAUGGGAUUUCUCACCGACCAAAUAAAGCAAGGGAAAAUGUUAUGUGUGUGUACA